CACUUUCAUGUCUCUGCCGCAUUGGCUAGGGUUUUCCACACUUCCUCAAAAUUCUCACCUUUCUCUUUCGUUUUUCUCAUCACUUCCUCUCCAUUUUCUCUCCUCUCAAACCUACCUUACCCAAUACCAUUCCGAAAAUACUCUAUCAAUCUUAAAUCGUUUCAUCACUAAUGGGUUUAAACAAGCACUAGAGGGUCGUGGUUGCUGUUUUUAAGUUAAAAAGCAAGAGUUUCAAUUCAGUUUGUUUAUCAAACUAUUGAAAGAAAUGGCAACCACGAACCCUUUCGAUCUCCUUGUUGACGAUGACAAUGAGGACCCCACUCAACUCUUCGUGGCUGCUCAGCUCAAGGUUGAGAAGCCUAAGAAACCGUCCGCUCCUGCUCAGCCUCAAGCUCAGCCGGCCAAAAGUGCUAAUCUUCCGACCAAGCCCCCUCCUCCAGCUCAGGCUGGUGAGCGUCGAUUGAGGGAGUCAAAGAAUGAAGGUGGACGUGGGGGGGCCCGAGGUGGUGUACGUGGCUCUGGCCGUGGGCGUGGAGGUAGCAGUGGAUUUAAUCGAGAUUCAAAUAACAAUGAGACUACCUUUGGCAGCAACAAUGGAUUUUCUAGAGGGUACAGACCGUCUGAAGAGGGUGACACUGGGAAGCCAUCUGAGAAGCGUGGCUAUGGAGGCCCUCAUGGUGGCUUCCGUGGUGGCCGCCGGGGUAGUUUGAGCAAUGGGGAAGCUGGAGAGGGUGAACGCCCUCGUAGGUUGUAUGAACGUCGCAGUGGUACUGGUCGUGGCAAUGAGGUCAAACGUGAUGGAGCUGGUCGUGGCAAUUGGGGAACUCCCACUGAUGAAAUUGCUCAGGAAACUGAAGAACCUGUGGUUGAAAAUGAAAAGGACAUUAGUUCUGAGAAACAGCCAGGAGAGGAGGAUGCUGCAGAUGCCAACAAGGAUAGUCCUGUAGAUCAGCCUGAAGAGAAGGAACCCGAGAACAAGGAGAUGACUCUGGAAGAGUAUGAGAAAAUUCGUGAAGAAAAGAGGAAAGCUUUGCUUUCUACAAAGUCAGAGGAAAGAAAGGUUGAUGUGGACAAAGAGUUUGGCUCCAUGCUUCAGCUUUCACAUAAGAAGGGCAAUGAUGACAUCUUUAUCAAACUGGGUUCUGAAAAGGACAAACGAAAGGAUGCUGACAAAGAUGACAGAGCAAAAAAGUCUGUCAGCAUAAAUGAGUUCCUGAAGCCUGCUGAUGGGGGGAGAUACUAUAACCCUGGUGGCCGUGGUCGUGGACGUGGCCGUGGUUCAAGAGGUGGAUAUGGUGGCGGUAACAUGCGUGAUGCAGCAGCCCCCUCGAUUGAAGAUCCUGGUCAGUUCCCCACCCUGGGUGGCAAGUGAGAUCUUACAUCCCUAUUUCAAAGUCGUAAUGGUUGGAAUUUCUUUGCAAUCUGCUUGAGAGUAAAAGUUGAAGGUCAUCUACUGGAAAUUUUAUUUCCUGCAUUAAAAAACCGACUUUUAACAUUUAGUCUUUUGAUGUAAAUUUUAGAUAUUCCUCCGUGGGUAUCUCCCUGUGAUUCCUUCUCGACUUUGACAUGCUUUCAUACUCCAUUUUAUUUUUGUUUUUAUUUUUUAUUUUUGGGUCUAAGUUAGGGAAUAUGGAGUCAUUAUUGUCUUGGACGGAGUAGUGGCAUCAGUUUUGGUUUGUAAUAGGUGAAGAGUACUUUUUAGUCUUUGUGAUUAUUAUUUUUUUUUUUAAUUCUCUA